UUAAAAAGGGUUAAGGGAGUUGCGCUCAGUAUAUGACAGUACGUCAGCAACGGGAUGGCCGUAGCUGUGGUGGUGGCUGCAGGAGCCGGAGCAGCUGCGGCCGCAGUGGAGGCAACAGUAGCAGCAGCAGCAGCAGCACCCGGGGGAGUUUAAGAUGGCGGCAGGGGGGCCAGCUGUGGGUCUGCGGGAGGAGCGGCGCUAUGGUUUAUCGUGCGGGAGGCUCGGCCAGGACAACAUCACGGUGUUGCAUGUGAAGCUCACAGAGACGGCGAUCCGGGCACUGGAGACGUACCAGACCCAUAAGAAUUUAACUCCUUCCAGACCUUCAAUUCAGUUUCAAGGACUCCAAGGGCUUGUCGAAAUUCCCAAAAAUGAUCCCCCAAAUGAAGUGCAUAACUUUAACUUCUACUUGUCAAAUGUUGGCAAAGAUAACCCUCAGGGAAGCUUUGACUGCAUCCAGCAAACUGUCUCAAGUUCUGGUGCCUCACAGCUCAAUUGCCUGGGAUUUAUACAAGAUAAAAUUACAGUAUGUGCAACAAAUUACUCCUAUCAAAUGACAAGAGAAUGAAUGACCCAGGCAGAAGAGGAAUCCCGUAACCGAAGUACAAAAAAACCUGGUGGACCAUUUGUAGGUAAAAGAGUACAGAUUCGGAAAGCACCUCAAGUCGUUCCAGAUGCAGUACCUGAGAGGAAAAGGUCAACUCCUAUUAACCCUGCAAAUACAAUACAAAAGAUCCAUUUAAACAACAAUAUUUCUCAGCGGCCCUAUAAAGACAGGGUGAUUCACCUCCUGGCAAUGAAGACUUACAAGAAACCAGAGCUACUUGCCAGAUUACAGAAAGAUGGAGUUAAUCAAAAAGACAAGAACUCCCUUGGAGCUAUCCUUCAACAGGUAGCCAACCUGAAUCCUAAGGACCUUUCUUAUACCUUAAAGGAUUAUGUAUUUAAGGAACUCCAAAAAGAUUGGCCUGGAUACAAUGAGAUAGACAGACAGUCACUGGAAUUAGUGCUAUCUAGAAAAUUAAAUCCAUCUCCUAGAAAAACCAGCACCACCGGUUCAGAAUCUCCUAUAUGUUCUAAUAAAGAUGCUGCAUCUUCUCCUUCUCAGAAACGCCUUUUGGAUUCAGAUUUCACAGAUCCCUUAAUGAAUAAAAAAACACGGAUAUCUCACCUAACAAAUAGAGUUCACCCAACAUUAAAUGGUCAUUUGAAUUCCACCCAUGCUCCACCACCACCACCACCUCCUCCUCCUCUUCCACCACCACCACCUCCUCCUCCUGCAGCUGCCGCCACCCCAACUCUACCACCUCUUCCUUCAACCCACCUUCCAGUUUCAAAUCCUCCUCAGACUGUAAAUUCUAACUCCAAUUCCCCUAGCACUCCAGAAGGCCGGGGAACUCAAGACCUACCUAUUGACAGUUUUAGUCAAAAUGGUAGUAGCAUCUUUGAGGACCAGCAGGACAAAUAUACCUCUAGGACGUCUUUGGAAAUCCCACCACCUGGUUCAAUCCUAUCAAAGUGUCCAAAGCCAAUGGAAGAAAAACAUUCAAUGUCACAUAAAAAAUCUAAAAAAAAAUCUAAAAAACAUAAGGAAAAUGACCAAAUUAAAAAACAGGACAUUGAAAAUAUUGAGGAAAAGGAGAAAGACCUUAAGACAAAGGAUGAAAUUGCCAAGCUAAAUAACUCCAGUCUGGAUUCAAACGAAGGAGUUAAAGAGGUUUGCACUGCCUCCACAGAUCCUUCAUCAACCAUUGAGCUACCAGAUUAUUUGAUAAAAUAUAUUGCUAUUGUCUCACAUGAGCAACGCCAGAAUUAUAAAGAUGACUUCAAUGCAGAGUAUGAUGAGUACAGGACUUUGCAUGCCAAGAUGGAGACUGUUGCUAGAAGGUUUAUUAAACUUGAUGCACAACGUAAGCGCCUUUCUCCAGGCUCCAAGGAGUAUCAGACUAUUCAUGAAGAAGUCUUAGAAGAAUAUAAGAAGAUCAAUCAGUCUAGCCCCAAUUACCAUGAAGAAAAAUACAGAUGUGAAUAUCUCCAUAACAAGUUGGCUCACAUCAAAAGACUAAUCGGUGAAUUCGACCAACAGCAAGCAGGGUCCUGGCACUAGACCUCUGCUUAGACCAGAAGAUGUGAAUAAACUUAAGCUUAUUUAUUUAAGAUUCCAAAUGAGUUGCUCUAAGAUUCUAAAAAGUUGAAACUUUGUCAGUUGAAAGUUUC